UACUCAAAGUAGUAAUAAACUUUCUUGAAUUAUGAAGUACCUAGUGUCUACCGUUUUGCUUCUCCUGAUCGUUCAGAAUUCCAUCGUAGAUUCCUUGAAAUGUCGUCAAUGCAGUAGUGAGGAUUACGAUUCUGACUGCCGAAAAGGAACAGAAAACAACCUUAGGGAAUGUACGAUUGAAGGAGAAGACCACUGCUAUGUUGAGUACAUAUUGAAUAAGAAUUCUAACCCGUUAUACCGAAGAGGUUGUGCUCCAGGUGAUUGGUGCCAACAACAAACGAACACCCAUGGAACUGCUCUUAAAUUUUGCCAAACUUGUCAAGGAUGCAAGUGCAAUAACCAAUUGAUUGGGUCGAACAAGACUGAUUCAAGACUAUGUAGAAAAUGCUACAGCGAAAAUUUCGACAGCGAUUGUAGGAAAGGUACCGUACAAACAACAGAGCAGUGUGACAGCGGUGAUAUAUGUGCCAUGUCUUAUAUCUCUACCUCUAGAAGAGAUAUUUAUAAGAGACAAUGUGGACCAAAAAAUUUCUGCGACGGGGAAAAUAGCAAAUACGGCAAAUCUGUUGAACGUUGCAGCACUUGUCCAUAUGACUUAUGUAAUAAUGAAGUUCUUCCAGUUGUUCCUUGAACUCUUCAUUUUCCGGUGUAUUCUUUUCAAAUAAAACCAUUUCAGGAUUUUAA